UGCAUAGCAACAUUUGCCGCGCACGUUACGCUACGAUAGCUCCGGAGACGCGUGCCGGCGACGAAGACGAUCCGAUCCGCUCGCGAUAAUUCCCUAAUUGCUGUGUGUUUCACGCCGCUCGAUUUCCUCGCACGUUUUCCCCGGAUUCACCCGCCGAGCGUCCGCGCGGCCACUCGCCCGUGAAAUAGUGUAACCACCCCCAAGAACCUAUCCCAAUACGUGUCCAUCAAGUGCGUAAAGUGCCCCGUCGCGUUUAACUACCCUCUACGUGCAGUGAAGUGCUCGAAAAGUAGUGUCAUAGUACAAAAUUAUCAUCAAAUUUCAUGUAAUAUGAAUAUUGGACACUGCCCGCGUCUACCCAUCCUCGAAGUGCUGUAAUGUGUUGAUCGCUUUUUGCACACAAAUCAAUUUAAAAGUGUCAUUUCAUACGUUUUAGAACACUGUCCGAUCGAAAAAAGUGUGCUCAUCGCAGUUAAGAGGAGAAAAUUUCGUUCGAAGGCGACUGGUCGAAGUGCUGUAAUGUGUUAAUCACUUUUUGCCCACUAAUCACUUUAAAAGUGUCAUUUCAUACGUUUCAGAACACUGCCCGAUCGAUAAGGUGUGCUCAUCGCAACUAAGAGGAGAAAAUUUCGUUCGCAGUCGACCGGUCGUGUCUACGCGUCCUCAAAGUGCUGUAAUACGUGUUAAUCGCUUUGUUCUCGCUUUGCCCAUAAAGCACCGUAAAAGUGUCAUUUCAUACAUAAAUGGUUGAAAUCCAUCUCUACAGAUUCAGAACACCGUCCGAUCGAAAAAAGUGCACUCAUCUCGACUAAGAGGAGAAAAUUUCCUUUAAAGUCGAGUGGCUUAGUGAUAAGUUUUGGCAAAACGCUCUAUACUUGUUUUUAAUUGUUUACUUGGAUUUGGAAUUACAGUGAAACCGCGGUUCGCGCUCACAAACAUCGUUUUGUGUCGGGCUGAAGUCGGUCUCGGACACGGCCCGAUAAGAUCGGUGUUUACGUCGGCUGAAAUUUUUCGAUGAGUUUCCAGUGCGGACGCAAGGAUGUAAACAGUGUCGUGUUGGUCGGGUGAAAGAGUUACAUAUCCACCUGAUAGAUCGCGGUUUAUCGUGGCGAUAAGGAGAAGAGGAAUUCACGGGGACCGGAGGAGCAGCGACGACGAGCUGAAGGACUUGAACGAACGGUCGCGCUCCAACCUGGCCGUGUGCCAUUAUGAUAUGACCAGUUUUAUGGAGGACCGUGCAACGGGGCAUGGCGGCAUCGGGUCGAUCAACUCCUCGGGCGGGAUCGGGGGCGGCGGGAGCUCGCCGUUCAGCCCGUCGCACCACCACCACCACCAUCACCACCACCGGAACACGACGCCGACGAACGCGGCCGGCGGCGCCUCGAUGGGGCACCAGGACUUCCAGCCGCCGUAUUUCCCGCCGCCGUUCACGCCGCACCAACAGAGCGCCGCCUCCCCCGCGGCCAUGGACCCCUACGACCCCUACUCCCUCAACUCCCUCCACCAGUCCCACUUCAACCAGCUCACCGCCGCCGCCGCCGUCUCCGCCGGACAGAGACACGACGUCCUCCGCAGGUCCGAGUCCGACCCCCUACACGUGGGGAACAUGCAUACGGGGUUCCCUUACGAUGGGGGAAGGAAUCGUAGUGAAUACGGGAGUAUACGAGGUGUACAGCAUCCCAUGUUGGAGGACCAGCUAGUUUUACAAAACGCACUUGCCAGUGCCAUGGACGACCACCAAGGUACAAAUGUUGAAGAUGGUGGAUUCAUCAGUGAUCUUCCCCUUCUUAGGAGUAUGAAACCCCGUCUGGGCGAGCAAGAUAAGGAUUUAGUUUUAGGUGGCUCGGCGAAUCCGGGGGAUGUGUUUUGCAGCGUCCCCGGUCGGUUGUCGCUCCUGAGUUCCAACGCCAAGUAUAAGGUGACCAUAGCAGAGGUUCGAAGGCGGUUAUCACCACCCGAGUGUCUCAACGCAUCCCUCCUCGGAGGUGUCCUUAGGAGAGCCAAGUCAAAGAAUGGAGGCAAAUUACUUAGGGAAAAAUUAGACAAAAUCGGCCUGAAUUUACCUGCAGGCAGGAGAAAAGCUGCCAAUGUUACGUUAUUAACAUCUUUAGUUGAAGGGGAAGCAAUCCAUUUAGCGCGGGACUUCGGAUACGUUUGCGAAACAGAAUUCCCAGCCAGACAAGUAGCAGAAUAUCUUAGCCGACAGCACACUGGAGAUCCUACGGAGUCAUAUCGCCGCAAAGAGCUUAUUCACGCAACAAAGCAAGUAACCAAGGAGUUAAUGGAUCUGUUAAAUCAGGAUAGGUCACCGCUAUGUAAUUCUUUGCCGCAGCAUAUUCUGGAUCCGAGUAUACAACGUCAUCUAACUCAUUUUUCCCUAAUAUCUCAUGGGUUUGGAAGUCCGGCCAUUGUUGCUGCUUUAACUGCCAUUCAGAACUUUUUAACUGAGUCAUUAAAACAUUUGGACAAAAUGUAUCCAGUAUCAGGGAACAAUGUAUCAGUCAGUUCUACGCAAAGUGUUUUGCAAGACACGAAACCAAAAGACUUGGUUGGGAAUAUGAAGAAAUGAGAUUGGCUUAAACGGGGUACCGCUACCUCGUCAUCAGCCAGCAAUGAAAAUGAGUCAGGACUUUUCAGUGAAGCUCCUCCACCCAAGAAAGGACGCCAUGGGAAUUGGCCAUACUGAAAUCAAUCGAAUACAUAUUCAUUUUCUUAUUUUUGAUUGUUACUCUUUAUUAUUUUAAUUGUCAACCAAAGUUGUUUUUAGAUGUAAACUUCAGUGAGUGUUUUACUGAAAUGUUGUUAGAUCUUCAUUUUUGUACAGAGACGUAGUUGUGAGAAGUCUCAGCAAGUCAAAUCACUUAUUUCACUAUGGGCUGUGUUUAAUUUUGAUUCUUUAGAUUUUUGACAACAAAUUUUUUCCUUUUUUCCCUUUAACCUUUGAGGUCAUAUUGCAUUGACUACUAUCCCUUUUCUCUUCCUUUUUUCCCAUUCUUCCUUUUCUCAUGUCCUUCCUUUUGCUCAUCUUAAUCUCUCCUUCUCCAUCUCUUUUUUAUCUCUCUGUGCAAUUGUAAUGUAAAUAAGCUUUGUAUAAAACUUGCCAAAGUAUUUGGCACCUGCUUAGUACCAAUCUAGCUGAUUCCACAUUCCAUUUGUGUAGGUACAUUUUCAUUUUAAUUUUCCAAAAAGGAUAAAAAGAAAUUCAUCCUUUGACCCGAUUAGACUUGCCCAACAAAAAGGAGAAAUAAAAUAUUUCAAGCAAAUUCCAUUUGUCAUCUUUCAUUCAAGGUAUGAGCUUGUGUAUCAGAGCUCAAAGCUAUAUCUAAAUGUGAACUAUCAUCCCAAUUUUUUGUUCCUUGGUGUGGGAUUUCUACAAUGUAGUAUUUUUUACACAAUUCCCAAUGUACUUUUCCAUUCUGCCAGUAGGUACCUCAGUCUUUUGGAAUAUUUUAAUCUUAAUAGAUCAUUAAGUUGGUGACAUUUUCAUAACUGAUAAGGCUUAUUUCAAAUGCAUUUAUUACAUUUAAAAAUAAGUCAGCACUCAAUAAAAAACAAUCUUUCUCCCAUAAUGCUUUGCAACACAAAUCAAACAAAACAACAAAUCAUCAUAACACGCAUUUAGUUUUAUGGAGUUAGUUCAUCUUUUAUUGUUCAAAUGUAUUUUGGGCCAAGUAAAUAAUAAUAAUAAAUAAUAAACUAACUCCAUAAAACUUAAUGCCUGUCAUGGUGUAAACCUUUUCUUUUAUAUUAAACACACGCAAAAUGCGUUACAAUUGUUACAACCUUAAUGUUUUUUGACAUCAAUUCAUAUUAAUAUAAAAAGACAAACUACUCUGCCAAGUUAAGGAAAACCAUUUACAAACCUUUAGUUGCCUAAUUCUCUGCGAUAAAAUACGAAUUUUCAGGGAAACUUGCGAAUAUUUUCCAUCCAAUUUUUCUAAAAAUUUUCUUUGCAAUUUGAUCUCUAGUACUGAAAGAUUUCGAUGAGAUGUAAUUUUUCUUCAAAAUUAAUCUUUUAAUAGAGGAAUUUGACAACGUUCAAUUGUUCAUAGCAUUUUUCCUGAACUUGGCAGUUUAGUCCUUUAGCCUUCUUAUCCAUGCCAAUGUAAAUUGUAUAAUUCAAUAAAAUGGCACCUAUGCAAGUUUUUCAAAUACAAAAUGUAAAAAGAAAGAAAGGUAUUGUUUCAAAUUUCUCAAUGAGGUGCAAAGUUAGCACUGCAAGUACGGGUCAGUAAGUUAGGUAGGUAGCAUCUUAAGUCCUUGUUUUUAUUCUUUUUGUCUAUUUAAGAUGAUAUUAAAUUGAAGUCCGUGAUUACCUGUAACUGUAGAAUAUCAUGUGUAAAACAUGUAAAGUUAAUAAAAUUAAUGAUAAUUUCGGCA